GAAGUCAGCUAAUCUGAGAGGAGAGUAAAUCAACGAGAAGUGUUGCAAGUCAUAAUAAGAUUAGGAGUCGAAGUCAUCUACAUCAGUAGCUCAAAGAGUCCAUGGCUGAGGAAACUGGCCUUGCUUUCUCUGGAGGUGGUAUCAGGUCAGCGGCGCUAUGUUCUGGAGUUCUGCGCAGGCUCUUACAGCGCAAGGCCAAGAUCGACUACUUAAGCUGUGUUUCAGGGGGAGGUUACACAGGCACGGCCUACCUGGACUGGAAAUACAGACAUGGAAAGAAAGACGAUGCAAAAUGGCAUCAGGAGUUCUUCGAUCAUAUGAGAGAGAGAGCUGGAUUGAUGUGCAACUGGCAGAAACCUUUGCAAGGAAUCUUACAAACCAUCAUAAUACUUUCCUUGAUAUUAUUCACUGCAGUGAUAAUGCCCACAAUGGUCUGGGGGUCCUACGUGUUGCCGCUGGCUUACAUUAUCGAUUUGACUUACGGAGACCUGUUGCGGGCUAAGGAUGAAUGUUCAAAUGGUUCAAACUUACCAAACAUUAAUGGCAUGACAAGUAUUCAUGGUAAUUCGGCCAGCUCGCUUACCCAGUGCAAACUCCAAAUUGGUCCAGCUGCACAUCGGCGCAUCACUUUGUUUUGCACCUUUUUGGUCUUGUUUGUUCUUUUCUACCUCUUCUCUAAGAAAACUGAAAGAUUUCACUCCAUAUUGUAUUUCAUAUCAGUGUUUUGUGGUCUUGGUUUUGCUUUCACUUUCAAUCCGUACUUCAUUUUCUCCUAUCUUGAUGGGCUCAUCUUUUGGUUGAAGUUUCUUAUCUUUGCGUUUAGCGUUUGGAUAUGGAUAUUUUUUCCCGUUCUUAGACAUAGAUCUUCGUUUUUCGUGAUUGUCUAUUUGUACUCGUAUGUGAUAUAUUGGAAGGUGUAUAAGGUGUCCCUUCUUAGUGUCCAGUACUCAGAUGACUUGUUCUAUCGACUUCUUUUUGCUUCUGGAAUUGUUCAAUGGAUUAUACCGAUGCUGGGAGCUCUUCAACAACGACUCAUUUACGUGUUUAACAGAUGGAGGCUUCAGAAGGCCUUUUACACAAAAGCCAGUGUUGGUAAGACCGGAUGUCUCGGCAUCGGGAUUGAGGACAUCUUUCUUGUGACAUGCAGUUCGGACACAAAGCACAAGCGACUUAAAGAUGAUGAACCUGGACCCCUGAAUCUAGGGGACUUGGAAGGAUUGAAGCCCGAAUACUUAUCAAACAUCGUCGUCAAUGAAUGGAAAACAAAAAAGUCAGAUAAGGACGCUUACGAGCUACUGAUCAUGUCACCCACAGGAAUAGAGCGCCUGGAUCAAAGCAAGCAACAGUUUGAGGACAAACUUAGUCCUUCUGAUAUUGACCUGUCAGCUGCCAUGGCAACCUCAGCCGCUGCUGUUGCUAGUAACAUGGGAUCAUACGAUAAGUGUACGGAAGGUUUUAAACAGCUGCAAACCGUGCUCGGACUGGGGAUGGGUUCUUCUUUGGUGUCUGAUCUCCAUUCUCUGCAAAGAGAAUCUUGCCUUUUUAAGAUAAUUCCCUUAAUUGUGGAAGUGAUUCGUGUCCUUCCCCUGGUAACCUUUCCAGUUGUUUACUUCGCUGGAGGAGACGAGAAGUGGGUCGAAAUUGGUGUUGCAAUAUUUUGGGCUUUGAUGUUGGUGUUAAGUAUUAUAUCCGUCCAGAGGACUGGGGAUGAAGAGCCCGGAUAUGUAGAGAAAAUAACGAGAUGGUUCAUUGUCCACGUGGGUUUCGUUCGGUUUUUAAGACAAAUGUUUUUUGUGACGAAUGUUGGUCCUUCCCCGCCCGCUAUUCUGCGACUCAGUGAUGGUGGCCAUAUUGAAAAUCUUGCCAUACUUCCGCUAUUGAAGAAACGCUUAAAGAAAAUCGUUGUGGUAGACGGAGGCCAUAAAGAGUCUGACCAAGAAUGGGGAGACUCCUUACUAACAGCCCUGUCUUUAGCACGUCAAAAACUGGAUUGCUCCUUCAUUGGUUUAGAUGGCCGUGACGUCAUAGAGGACCUGAAAAAUAAGUUUGUCAACAAGCCUCUGGGACACCAGCCAAGAAGUUACAGGUUUAAGGUCCAUUACUUUGAAAACGAAACAGUUCUUGAAGAGGCAAGAAAAGUCGGUGAGGGAGAAAUUCUGUUAGUCUCUCCAAGACAUCCUGACAAGGGACUCAAAAGACAAGAAUGCGUGACACGGAAAGAAUCGCUGCGUGACGUUGACUUAGAAGCAGGUGAGUGGGGACUGGGUCCGCAACUGGAUGCAGAAGAAGCAGACAAAUUGACCUUUUGCUGUUGUGAAUGUUGCCAUGGCGACUCUCUUCAAUGGCUGUCAAAGAUGAUGUGUGGCACAUUCCCUCAACACACUACGGUCAAUCAGUUUUUCACUCCACGCAUGUUUGCUGCCUAUCAUUCGGAAGGGUUUAACGCAUGCAUUGAAUCUGAGGCCGCUGAGUUUCUGGACACUGCUCGGCAAGGAGAAAUUAGAGGUCAGAAUCAAUUUGGAAUGGGAGUUUGAAUUCUGAUCGACGAGAGCGAACUGUAAAUUUAAACAGGAACAAUGUAGCUGUAAGAGAUUAAUAACGUGAAAUUGUACAGUGCAUGUGCCAGGAGGAAUUCAAAGCGAGCACUGAAUUACCUUGAAGUAUUUUGGUAAAGGCACGAGAGUCGUUUUUCCAUAUACCGAGUUCCAAUGAUAUUGAUGAUUACUAUAACAAAAGUUCACGUUGAUAAAAUAUCUAUUUAUCUAUUUAUUGAUAUAUAAACGUUUAACAGAGUUAAUAUACUGAGUUCAUGUGAUAUUGAUGAUUACUAUAACAAAAAUUCAUGUUGCUAAAAUAUCUAUCUAUUUAUUCAUAUCUAAACGUUUAACAGAGUUAAUAUACCGAUUUCAAAUGAAAUUGAUGAUUACUAUAACAAAAAUUUAUGUCGCUAAAAUAUCUAUUUAUCUAUUUAUUCAUAUCUAAACGUUGAACAGAUGACGAUUAAAUCUACGCUGCGAGGAACAUUGUUUUUAAAAAUGCAAACAUAUUUCUUGAUUUUUAUUUAUUGAAUUAUGACGCCAUUGCUGACCAAAUCUCCGGCCAUUUUUAACUGGUUGUAAAUCAGAUUUUUCAAUUUUCUACAUUUUCUUCUGGAUGUUAAAUUCAUUCUUAUAUCAUUCUAUUUUACUCUUACGUUAACAAUAUUUAAUGCAUUU